CCUUUCAUCACCUCAUCCAAACUACAAACCUCAAACACACAACUUCAACCACCAACCAACACAACAACCUCAAUCUCUCAUCAUGGAGUCCAUCAAGCAGGGUGCCAACUACGUCGCUGAGACCGUCCAGGGUGCUGUCUCUGGUGCUUCCAAGGAGGCCAACAAGGAGGUCGCCAAGGACUCCAACGCUCCCAUCGGCACGCGCAUGAGCGCCGCCAAGGAUGCUCUUGGUGACAAGAGCGACGAGUCUAGCCACGAUGCCAAGGCCAGCGCCCACAAGGAGAUUGCCAAGAACUAAGCAAAUCGACAUUCGAUGCUCGAGCGACGGCGUUGGAACGUUUUGGCAGAUGGGAUAAGCUUACGAGAUUAUGAGAAGUUCUCAAUGAAUUAAUAAACCCACGUUUUGGCA